AUGGCGCUGGCUAGCGAGACUCAUCACGGACCGAGAGACCAGGCGGAUCAGAACUUCGAUCACAUGUUCAAGAUCCUGAUCAUCGGGAACAGCAGUGUGGGUAAAACCAGCUUCCUGUUCCGCUACGCCGACGACUCGUUCACGCCGGCGUUCGUCAGUACGGUGGGCAUCGACUUCAAGGUCAAGACCAUCUACAGGAACGACAAGAGGAUCAAGCUGCAGAUCUGGGUACGAUGGGAGUGGUCCAUAUCUGUGGGACCGAUGUAUGCAGAGCUGAAGGAGAUGUCCACUCAGAUCAAGACGUACUCCUGGGAGAACGCUCAGGUGCUGUUAGUGGGGAACAAAUGUGAUCUGGAGGAUGAUCGAGUGGUUACUGCUGACAGAGGAGGAGAACUCGCCCAACAGCUCGGUCUGGGGUUCAUGGAGGCCAGUGCCAAGCUGAACGUGAACGUGAAGCAGGUGUUUGAAUAUUUGGUGGAUCUAAUCUGCGAGAGCAUGAAGGAGAAUCCAGAUUCGCUGUCGAACAGCGGCGUUACGGACGCUGCAGAUCUGAGCCGACAGCCGCAGCGUUCCAAUAAAGAGUGUGCAUGCUGA